AAAACGUACAGGUCAGUUUUGUUAUAUCAUUAUGGCUACAAGACGGUCCAGACUGCAGAUAAAACCAAACAUCCUUGGUGGUCCCAAGGGAUCUGGCCCCAAACCUACUCCAAAAACCUCUGGUAAAACUGCAAGUAAAGAAGUAUCUGAUGCCGCCAAAUUAGAUGCUGCCAAUGAAGUGAAAAGUCCUGCAAGAGUUGCUUCCCCUAAAAAGAACAUCCAGGUUAACCCUUUAAAAGAAAUCAGUAGUUCUAACGAAGAAGCAGGUAAUGUUGAUACAGAAAAUAAUGCUACUCUUUUAGACAAAAGAACAGACAAAUCUGGCAGUGAAAAGUUGGAUACAAUAAAUGAUGACACACAGGUGACAGCAAAUGCAAACAAAACUGACAUUCCAGCUCUCCCAACAAGAGCAAGAUUAAGAAAAUUUGGAAAAGUGAAUAUUUCAGCUGCCAGAGGUGUUAAAACUGAGUCACAGCCAUCUAAAACUACUGAGGAAGCAGAUACUGGAAACACCACAGAGAAAGUUGAAGGUGAUUCCCUUAAAGCAACAGAUGUACCAAAGAAAGAUGAUAGUGUACCGGACAAGAAAAGCUCGGAGGAUGGUUCUAGUGCAAGUACCACGGUUCAGAGACGGUCCAGGUUUCCUAAAGCAAAACCAAACAUUGCCGAUGCUGGUAGGAGGAGACAAAAGGAGCUUGCUGCCAAAGAUGAAGCAUCAGGUUCUAGUUCUAGUGAUAAACCUGUGAAGGUUCCAGAAAUAUCUGUCACAGAUUCUGCUGUGACUGAGACUAACUUGCAGCUCAACCAAAACAAACCAGAGACCUCCCGGUCCUCGGACAGCACCCCAGCCCUGACCCAGAUACAGCCCAGGCCUCCAGCCACACCCACCAGUGUACUCAAGUCUCCACUUAAACACCCUACACCAACAAUUCUUGUGUCUCCUGAAAAAAGGGCUAGGACACUCAGUACUUCAGAGCCACCUGUGGUUAAGCGUCAAAAGAAACCAAAGGUUGACGCACCAACAGACAAACCACCAGACAGAACCACCAUGAAAAUGAAGGAUCUCAUUCGAUGGAAUCCGUCAAGUAAUCCGAUGAAACCAAAAGUGAAGACGGGUACAGCAGCAGUUGCGAAGGUCGUAGAGAAAGAGAAUGUGAAUGAUAGACCAGUGGCUGGUGAUGAAGCUGAGGACGUGGUGGUUGUAAAUGAACCUGAAGCUGCUGAUACGUCCCUGCCUGUCCCACAGGUCACUAUCGGACCAGAUGGAAAUAUUGUUAUAAAUGAGAAAAGUCUAAUAGUAAAAGAUCCAGAGCUUGAGAAGGCCCCUAGUCAAGAAAAUGAAGUUAUUGACGAGACUGACAUGUUUACAACAUACGGCAGUUUUAGAAAGAGAAACUUGUCAAAGAGGUGGUCAAAAAAAGAGACAAAGAAGUUUUACAAAGCACUGGCUAUGAUUGGUAUUGACUUUUUCCUCAUAAAUCAACUUUUCCCAAACAGAAACAGGUUUGAAAUCAAGAAAAAGUUCAAGAAGGAAGAGAAAGUGAACAGGGUACUGAUUGAAAAAGUAUUAAAAGAGAGAAUUAAGUUUGACCCUGCAGUAUUCGAUGCCCAGGAUAGUGAGGAAUCUUCAGAUGAAGAUGAACAGAAAGUAAAGAAUGGAAGAAAGAAGAAAGAAAGGAAAAAGACAGCAAAGGAGCAAAAAAAUCAACAGGGUCCCGCAAAGAAGAGAACGACUAAACGAAAGAAAGCAAGAAGGAACUACUAUGAAGAUGACACGUCUGAUGAGGAAGAAGAACCUGUUCAGAAGAAAUCCAAUACCAGUGAGGCAAGUUCAUCUGUAUCGCAGAAAGAUGGGGAGGUUGUUGGAAUACUCAUGGACAUGAGUGAAGGUCGCAUCACAGGUGAAGCUCCGGAUAACAUCAUAAAUGGUGGUGACGGAAAUAACUCUGAAAAGCUUAUAGCUGUACCAGCGAAUAAAGUACAUAAACAUGGCAGAUUUAUUCCAAUAGAGGCUAAAACGUCAAAUUCUAUGUCACAAGGUCAAUAUAGUGCAUUAACUAGUGCUAAUAAUGAGAAUGUGUCACUUAAUAUACCAGGUAUACAAAGUAUCAGUAUUAUGCAAACUCAACAAAUAGACGGGUUGGGAGCUGGUCAUUCUUCCAUGAAAUUACCUUUACUUUUGCCAGAAAACACGGUAAUGACUUCACAGACUACUGAAAGAAGUCAAGACAUAGGUUACGCUAAUUCAGAAAGUUUAGAUAGGCGUAUAUACUUACCUGAUUUAAACAGGAAUAAUCCUGCAGUUGUUCAAUCAAAUGUUCAACAGACUGUUAAUGUGUACAAUGCAGAAGUGCAAUAUAACCAAAGCUCCGUCCCAGGACAGGAAAUUCCAGUAGUUGCAGGAACCAGCUCUAGUCAGUUACAGUCAGGAACCAGUCAAAAUCAGUUACAGCAGGUACAGAUGAAUUCGGUACCAGUCAUUAACACCCAGCUUAGCACGGAGGAUGCUGAUCAGUAUGUUUUGGUGACGGUGAUGCCGGAAGGUGGCGGCGAAACGGUCAUCCAUAUAUAUAGGCUGCAUGGUGGCGGCCAGUCGCAGGAUCAGAUUCUGUAUGCAGACCCAUUUGCCUCACAGCAGAUGACAAUUGACAGUGCAAGUAGUUGUGAAAUUGUUGGCCAGCAACAAGCACAGGAAUUUACAUCCAGUGAUGCAACAGCAACAGUAAAUUACCAAAAUGUGGACAAAGCACCUGUUGACUUAACAUCUUCAAAUAUAGCAGCAUCAGAUGAAAUGAGUAAUGACGAUGCAAUACAAUCAAAUAUAGAAGAAACUUUUAUUGAUGAUAAAUUAUUACCAACGACUGAACCAGAGUUACGAGAAUCUGUUGAUAUAACACAAUCAAAUAUACAAGAAACUUCUGUUGACAAUGAGUUUGUCCUAGCAAAUGAAUCAGAAGUACAGGAAUCCGCUGCAGAUAAAAAGUCAGUCCCAGAGUCAGAUAUACAAGUUAUUAUUACAGAUGAUACACAAUAAUCAGAGUUAGUUAACUCAAAUGAUCUGGCCAGUUUUUACAUGACACCAGAGCAAAUAUUCUCUAUUGAGAAGUUAUAACCUUGGUGUUUUAGUGGAAACUCAAAAUCUAUUAUGGGCAAACUAGUCACUUUGGUGGGGGGGGAUAUAUGAAAAUGAACAUUCAAGAACAUGAUGAAAAUGUAGGAUUUUUAUACUCUUGCGCAAAGCUACAUUGUAGUUUUACUUUACCAUUCUUGUCAUUUGGUAUGUAGACACAUUCUUGCGAGUCCAGUCCUCAUUAAAUCUAAGCCAAAUUCCUUUCAUUUCUUGAUUUUUUGAUGAGAUCACUCGCCAUGAUAUGUUGUUGUAACUGAAGUAGAAUGUUAGAUACUCUGAUUUCCACAAGAGUUAUACCUCUUUGAUUAAUGUCUAAGUAUACCAUUUAACUGUAUUUAUAUAUAAUUCAGUGAUCAACACGAACAACACUCGCACACCACUCUUGAAUUAUGGCCCUUGAAUUAGGCUAAAUUCGAUGAUAGAUGUAUUUUGUGACAGUCUGCCACUCCUGUUUAAAUUUGAAAAGUACUUCUUAUUUGUUACUUCUUGAAAAUAAAAAAGAAUGUAAGUGUAAUUAUGUCUCCCCCAGGAGACAUAUUGUUUUUGCCCUGUCCGUCCGUCCGUACGUCACACUUCAUUUCCGAGCAAUAACUGGAGAACCAUUUGACCUAGAACCUUCAAACGUCAUAGAGUUGUACGGCUGCUGGAGUAGACGACCCCUAUUGUUUUUGGGGUCAUUCCGUCAAAGGUCAAGGUCACAGGGGCCUGAACAUUGAAAACCAUUUCCGAUCAAUAACUAGAGAACCACUUGACCCCGAAUGUUGAAACUUCAUAGGAUGAUUGGUCAUGAAGAGUAGAUGACCCCUAUUGAUUUUUGGGUCACUCCGUCAAAGGUCAAGGUCACAGGGGCCUGAACAUUGAAAACCAUUUCCGAUCAAUAACUAGAGAACCACUUGACCCCGAAUGUUGAAACUUCAUAGGAUGAUUGGUCAUAAAGAGUAAUUGACCCCUAUUGAUUUUGGGGUCACUCUGUCAAAGGUCAAGGUCACAGGGGCCUGAACAUGGAAAACCAUUUCCGAUCAGUAACUAGAGAACCACUUGACCCAGAAUGUUGAAACUUCAUAGGAUGAUUGGUCAUAAAGAGUAAUUGACCCCUUAUCGAUUUUGGGGUCACUCCAUUAAAGGUCAAGGUCACAGGGGCCUGAACAUGGAAAACCAUUUCCGGUCAAUAACUUGAGAACCACUUGACCCAGAAUGUUGAAACUUCAUAGGAUGAUUGGUCAUGCAGAGUAGAUGACCCCUAUCGAUUUUGGGGUCACUCUGUGAAAGGUCAAGGUCACAGGGGCCUGAACAUUGAAAACCAUUUCAGGUCAGUAACUUGAGAACCACUUGACCCAGAAUGAUGAAACUUCAUAGGAUGAUUGGUCAUGCAGAGUAGAUGACACAUAACGAUUUUAGGGUCACUCUGUUAAAGGUCAAGGCCACAGGGGCCUGAACAUGGAAAACCAUUUCCAAUCAAUAACUUGAGAACCUCUCGACCCAGAAUGUUGAAACUUCAUAGGAUGAUUGUUCAUGCAGAGUAAAUGACCCCUAUUGUUUUUGGGGCCACUCCGUUAAAGGUCAAGGUCACAGGGGCCUGAACAUUGAUAACCAGUUCUGAUCAAUAACUUAAGAACCACUUGACCCAGAAUGUUGAAACUUCAUAGGAUGAUUGAACAUGCAGAGUAGAUGACCCCUAUUGAUUUUGGGGUCAGUCUGUUAAAGGUCAAGGUCACAGUGGCCUGUUCAUGUAAAAUCAUUUUUUGGAAAUAACUUGAGAACCACUUGACCCACAAUGUUGAAACUUAUUAGGAUGAUUGGACAUGCAGAGUAGAUGACCCCUAUUUAUUUUGAGGUCACUUGAUCAAAGGUCAAGGUCACAGGAGCCUGAACAGUGACUUGAGAACCACUAGGCCAAGAGUGUUGAAAUUUAGCGGGAUGACUGGACAUGCCAAGUAGAUGAUCCCUAUUGCAGCCAACCAUCAGUGUCUCUUUGAUUUUGCUCCUGACCCCUAUUGACUUCUUGCCUAUAGGACUUUGCAUUGGGGGAGACAUGCGCUUUUUUACAAAAGCAUUUUCUAGUUCACACUGGGUAGUUGGAAAAAUAUGUAGAGAGUCUUUCUAAAUCAUGCAAGCGGUAGACAUGUGAUGUUAAAUAGAGGAAAUGACUAGAUGUGUUUAAAAUGACUCCAGAAAGCAUCAAACUCAACUUUAUCGAUUUAUGAUUGUUGAAAGCUGGUUUGUGUUGUUUUUCUGUAAAACUAGAACGUUUGUCAGAAGGAAAGGGGGUCUCUGAUAUGUAACGGUUAAGGUCACAGACCAAGGCACUUGCUCCUUACUGAUGUGUUUUCUCUUUUUUGUUUGGGUUAUAGAAUAAGCCAUCCAGUUGGCUUAUGAAAGGUUAAGUGUUUGUACAUGCCUGAAAUAAUGCUUUGAUGCCCUUCCUUUUCUAAAAAAGUCUGGAAAGUCACCACAUGACCUAAAAUUGUGUUUGUGUGACUUCAGACGCUACCAAACAAACAAAUUAAUAUGUCCUUUCAGUGCUAUAUAUCCGUGUUUGUUCAUCUCAUUCCGAGUGAGUAUACUGUCUGCCUUGAAAUUUUUUGUCACUCUUUACUAUUUGAAGUCAUAAACUUUGAUUUUUAAGUCCCUUUGUUUUGGUUUGAAUAGAUGUGUGGCUCUCAGAUUAUUUCCGGUGUUUUCAAUUUGACUUUAACUCCCUAUGUUUGUUUUGGCAACUUGAAAUUGAACUUUCAAAAACAACAAUAUAUGUUAUAUUUAAAUAAUUAUUUUUUCAAUAUACAAUAGUCUGUUUAACCACAAAAAACAAUAAGUAAGUAGUUUCCAUAAACUUUUUAGAGUUGAUUUUGUAUAAGGUUGUGCAAACUCGUAUUUGAGGAAUUAUAUAAAAAUCAAUUUUUGCAAUUUUUACGGUGGUAUACAUGUUUGGUUGUUAAUUGAUGAAUGUAUAUUUGUUGGGCACAAAACAGUGUUACAGUUAAGAGUAAAAUUAAUGUAGCUAAAAUAAAGUGAAAAUUUGUAA